AUGCUGCAGCUUGCUCCAAGCACACAAGCCUCAUUGUCUACGAACGAAUCCGACCUUCAGAGUAGUGGGCUUGCUAGCAAUUCAAUAGUGGAAAAUAACAAGCAGUUCAACAACAACAACACAGACGAUAAUCAUCUGAAACGGAUGGAGAGUAUGACGACAACAUUGAGCGGAGGGAUCAUGAUGACUUCUCAACAACCCUCAUUACGGAAUCAAAAGAAGAGGGCAUCACCAUCAGCAACAACAACAUCUCCAAUGCAGAGUGGAGGAGUAGGCUCACCUCUACCAUCUUCAGCCACCUCAACACCCUCACCACUCAGUGCUCAUUCAAAAAAGUCUUCUUCUCCCAAUACACCUCAUCACGUUGGAAAAAUUGAGGAUGAAGAAGGCUAUGUAAGGAAUUUAUUGGAAAUGUCUCGCUCUCGGAGAAGAAAGAAGAAACAAGAAUUAUUGGAGGCUUUUCAACAUUUCCGAAGCGAAAUGACCUCGCGAGGAGAUGUACAACGGGAGGAGGAGGACUCUUACGAAAUUGAUGUUCAUGAUGAUGAAGCAGAUCAUUUUGAUGAUCAUCAACUCGAUGAUGACAUGAUGUAUAGAGAUGAAGGCUUGGAGGAUGAUCAUGAACACCUCAUUAAUCAAUUUGCUGAGCGCCACUUUGUUCUCCAUCCCCAGAAGGCAUCCUACGAGCCUUCCUUGUCUUCUUCAUUAUCCCACCCCAAGCAACACAAUGAACACUCUUCCUUCUCGUCAUGCCAAUCAUCACAUCACAACAAAGAAACUACUUCCUCCUCACCAUCUGAAAAUCAUCACUACUUUGCUCCUACUGUUUCUUCCGAAGUAAGGCGAGUAGCUACCAAUUUCGCUCACCAACAGUACAAACAUCUCUCCGACGAUCGAUCGUCCUACUUGUUGAAACGUAUUGAGGAGUUAAAGAAUAUGAAUAUUAAGGCCAUGUUAGAGAGUGUGAGUAGUAGGGAUACAUUCACAUCAAUACUGGAUGCUUCUGGUAACAAUAAUAGGUCAAACACGGGAAUGAUGACGACCUCCAACAAAUCGAGAAGCUCCUCUCCAUCUUCAACGAGCCAUUCCAAUCAUAACUUUAGCAGCAGGUUGGUCAAUGACGUUAAAUCGUUGCCCGUAAACAUGCCACCCUCACCCAAAGGGUCCAAGCAUUAUGAGCAAGAACGCCGAAAGAGAAUUGUAGCCAGGAACAAUUUUAAUUAUGAGGAGCAAGCUCGAGAGGAGUUGAAUUUAAUUCCUGAAGAAAUUCCAGAAUACUCACGAACGAGCUCACCUCAUCACAAAAACAAUGCUGGUACUAGCCCAUUCCAAAGAACCACAUCCCCAUUGCAGAGAUAUACUUUAUAUAACAGUAGUAAUAGCAUGUCAGCAAUGACGCCAACAGUGAGCUCCAAGUCACCCAUGAAACGAUCUUCAUCCUUACAUUGCUUGCCAAAUUCAUCAGCAGAUUCUUCUAAGGUUUUCACUCCUAGACCUGGCUCCUCCUCUCGCAUACGAACAUCAUCCUCUGCUCAGUCACCUUCUCGAUGCUCCUCAAAUAAUAUCAACAAUAGCCGAACCUCAUUCUCAGCAGCCAAUGCAACGACCUCACCUCAUCGCAGACUUCACUCUCAGAUUUCUACGAAUAGAAGCAACUUUUCAGACCAUGUCAACACGAAUUCGUCAAAAACUGGAAACAGAAAUGUAAAAUCCCCUCGUUCGGGACAUUCACCUCAUUAUCGAGCUCCUUCUAGAAACAACAAUAACAUUUCAAACACCAUCUCCACACCCAAGUCUAACAGAUUCAAUUCAAGAAAUACAUCAUCUUCACUCACGCACAAUGACAAUAUUCAAUUUGACCGACAAGAAAAGCUAAUACUCGAAGAAAUUUUGAACCUGGAUCAGCAGCUCAAUAAGAGCUCUGUAUUCAAGAAUAUAGUCUCCAAUUUGGACACUUCUUCUAACUUGGGAACAGAUGCUAACGCAGAUAGUGCCUCAUCGACGCCAAAAACUCCAAGAAAUGUAAGCCGAAUGACCAAUGGGCAUGCUUGUGACGCAAGUAAUGAUGACCAAAAUUCAUCAUUCACAUCUCUAAAUAGGAGUGGCAAUUUUUCGAACACUAGUGGUUUUUUGAACCCAAGGCCUUUCACACCCUCAAGCCGUGCAAGUAGCAGAAGUGGAGCCAAAACUCCAUCAAGUCAGCCCAAUUCCAACAGAACGCGACCUGCCGGCUUUGAUCCAAAAGAGCUUACUCUCGAAGAGAUUGCAAGAAAAAAUAGAGAAAAAUAUGCUCAUGUCAAACCAAAAGUGGUAUCUCACAGAGCUUCAACGCCACACAACGCUGGCACCUUAAUGAGUGCUGAUUCAACAUCGUUGGACGCUCAAAACGGAUAUGCAUCCAAGAUUAUCACUCCAAAACAACGACCUUCUUCUGCAUCUAGUAACAAGUCUAUUACAUCCAGCGGUCAACUAAACAACACAACAACCGAGCUAUCAUCGACUCCAAAGCGGUCAUCUUCUCUGUCAAAGAGUCGUUCAACAUCACCUCAAUCAACAACAACAUCAGUGAAUGUGAAACUGAGAAAUAUACUGAUUGAAAACGAUGAGUACAAGCGAGUUUGGGGAGAGAUUGAACGAGAGGAACUUCGUAUUUUAAAAUUCAAGACAGCACCAACCCUCAAUGACAAUACACCACCACAUCAACGUCCAGACAAGAGUUCAACGAUUGUAAAUAGUAGUGAGUCACCAGAUUUUCAACCAUCUCCAAAUGCUCCAUCCAAACCUGCUCAAAGCGCAAAUAACGGUAUAAACUCUGCAGUCCAAGCAAUGAUGGAUGAACGAAUACGAUCCAUUGAGGAAGGGCUCAGAAAAAUAGCUUCUUCCUAUGACUUGGAUAUCAUUGACGGCCGUGAGACUUGUCCAAAUUCAUAUUCUCGAGAGGACUACGCAACAGAGGAUCACAUAGAGGAUCAUCCACAUGAUAAAACCUUACUCGAAGAGAUGGAAUCGAAAUAUUGCAUUCUUCAAGACAAUCCUCAAAAAGAGACCCAGAUUAUUCAUAGUAACAAAUAUGUUACAGAUUCUGAACAAAUACACAAUAGUUUUGGAGAAGAUGAUGCAGCAGUUAAUUCUUCCAUUGAAGAAGCGGCAACCAUCAAACAGAACACAUCCUCUCAUGACGAACAUUAUGAAAUCCAAGAUGAGCAUCAAUCCGCUCCAUUUCUUUUGAACGAUCAUUCUAGAAAUUCCACCGCUCAGAAUGUGACCUGUAACGAAAGCAUGCUCUCUGUGAACGCCAGUCUUUUAUGUGAUCUUUCUCAAAUGCAAUCAAAUCCAGAUUUUAGAAAGUUUAUCAAUGAUAAACUCGACAAGAUUGAACGAGAAUGUACAUUGAGACAACAGCAACAACAACUUCAAAAAACAGUGUAA